AUGAAGACAGCUUUCCUUACGACAAUUGUUGCUCUCGCCUGCACUGUUUCUGCUUUCGUUACUCCUCAAGUCCGCGAUGGAUCAAGCUCUUCUUCGACAAUCGACGACACGACCAUUCUUAACUACGCCCUCAUUCUCGAGUAUCUCGAAUCCGCCUUUUACACCGGUGCCCUGAGCAACUUUUCUCAGGACGAUUUCACUAACGACGGCUUGCCUGAAUGGGCGAGAGGCCGUUUCGAGCAAAUCGCUGCUCACGAACAGGCACACGUCGAACUGUUGAGUAACGCACUCGGCAGUAACGCCACCCAGGCGUGCACGUACAGCUUCCCAUAUACUUCGCCGUCUUCGUUCGCUGCUCUCUCCCAAUUGCUCGAAGGCGUUGGUGUUUCUGCUUACGCUGGCGCUGCCCAGUAUAUCACCAACAAGGAAUAUCUCACUGCUGCCGCUGUCAUUCUGUCGACCGAAGCACGUCACGCUGCCUGGAUUGCUGGCCCAGUCAACAAAGAAAAUCCUUGGUCGGGUUCUCUCGACACGCCCCUCGGGCUCAGCGUCGUCUACACUCUCGCAGCGCAAUUCAUCACUGGCUGUCCGUCUUCCAACCCUUCACUGCCGGUUAAAGCGUUCCCAGCCCUCACUUUCGACAACGCCUCGCCCGGUCAAGCCACGAACGUGACCGCGGAUGGCGUUGACGCUGAAGGGCAGUAUGUCGCGUUCUUUAGCGGGCUUGCGAUUUCGUUUGUCCAAGUUCAGAACGGCCAAGUGGUCGUACCCAACAACUCGUUGGCGUAUGCUGUAUUGUCGAGCAGCAACACCACGGCGGAUGAUUCUACGAUUACUGCAGGUGUUGCAGUGCUGAGUUUCCCAUUCAACUCGAAUGGCACUUCUUCCUCGUCUACGGGAGACUCGAGUAUGAAUGUAGUCGACUAA